AUGUGGCUCUUCCACACACUGCUCUACUUGACCAGCCUUGCUCCUCUGGUAGCCUUCAAUGUGGAUGAGGCCCAUCUCUGGGUGACUUCUGAGGGAGGCACACCCUAUGUGCUCAGCUCCCUUCUGCACCAAGACUCCAGCACCAACCAGACCUGGCUCCUGGUCACCAGCCCUCAAACCAAGGGGAAAGCAGGUGUCCUGCAUCGUUGUUCCCUCCUCCAGGAUAAGUUACAUUGCAAACCAGUAGAGACUGUCCCCAUCCCAAAGGGGAGGCACCGGGGAGUGACAGUUGUUCAGAAUCACCGCAGUGUUUUGAUCUGCAUUCAAGUGCUGGCCCCGCAGCCCCACAGCCUCAUUUCGGAACUCACAGGGACCUGCAGCCUACUAUCCAACAACUUCCAAAACCACACCCAGGUCCACUUCUCCAACCUUGAAAAUCUGGAUCCCAAUGCACAUGUGGAUGACAGAGACUGCUACAGAAACAAGAAAGGCAGCAUAGAGAAGACAGCCAGGUGGCGUCGGGCUCUGAAGACAAAGGAGGAAGUGGAGGAGGAGGAGGAGGAAGAGGCUGCUGGCCCAGGCACUGAGAUUGCCAUCAUCCUAGAUGGCUCAGGAAGCAUUGAUCCCCCAGACUUCCAGAGAGCCAAAGACUUCAUCUCCAACAUGAUGAGGAACUUCUAUGAGAAGUGCUUUGAGUGUAGCUUUGCCCUAGUGCAAUACGGGGCAGUGAUCCAGACUGAGUUUGAUCUUCGGGACAGCCAGGAUGUGAUGACCUCCCUCGCAAAAGUCCAGAACAUCACUCAAGUUGGGAAUGUCACCAAGACCGCUUCUGCUAUGCAGCAUGUCCUAGACAACAUCUUCACGCCAAGCCACGGCUCCAGAAAAAAUGCAUCCAAGGUCAUGGUGGUACUCACCGAUGGUGACAUAUUUGGAGACCCACUCAACCUCACAACUGUCAUCAAUUCUCCAAAGAUGCAAGGUGUUGAGCGCUUUGCCAUUGGGGUGGGAAAUGCAUUUGAAAAAAAUAAGACCUACCAUGAACUGAAGCUCAUCGCCUCAGACCCCGAUGACAGAUACGCCUUCAAAGUGACCAACUACACAGCAUUGGAUGGAUUGCUGAGCAAAUUGCAGCAGACUAUCAUUCAGAUGGAAGGCACAGUUGGAGAGGCCCUCCAUUACCAGCUGGCACAGAUCGGGUUCAGUGCCCAGAUCCUGGAUAAGGGACAGGUGCUGCUCGGUGCCGUUGGGGCCUUUAACUGGUCAGGGGGCGCACUGCUCUACGACAUGCACAGCCACCAGGGUUGCUUCCUGAACCAGACUGCAGCGGAUGCCAAGACUGCACAGUACAGCUAUCUAGGUUAUACAGUGGCCCUGUUGCACAAGACCUGUGGCCUCUCCUAUGUGGCUGGGGCACCACGGUACAAGCAUCGGGGGGCCGUGUUUGAGCUCCAGAAGGAGGGCAGAGAGACCAACUUUGUGCCAGUGCUGGAAGGAGAGCAGAUGGGAUCCUACUUUGGCUCUGAGCUGUGCCCUGUGGACGUUGACAUGGAUGGGACCACAGACUUCUUGCUGGUGGCUGCUCCAUUUUACCACGUUCACGGAGAGGAAGGCAGAGUCUAUGUGUACCAUCUGAAUGAGCAGAACGGUUCCUUCUCCUUGGCAUGCACACUGAAUGGGCACCCUGGAUUCACUAAUGCCCGAUUUGGCUUUGCUGUGGCAACAGUGGGGGAUAUCAGUCAGGAUAAGCUCACAGAUGUGGCCAUUGGGGCCCCCAUGGAGGGUUUUGGGGCAGAUGACGACACCAGCUUUGGCAGUGUGUACAUCUACAAUGGACGUCAGGAUGGCCUUUCUACCAGCCCCUCUCAGCGGAUCAAAGCCUCAGCGGUGGCUUCAAGACUCCACUACUUUGGCACAUCAGUGGCUGGUGGCUCAGAUUUCACUGGUGACGGCCUUGUUGACAUCACCGUGGGUGCUCUGGGCCGGGCAGCUGUGCUCCGCUCAAGACCUGUGGUUUACCUGAACGUGUCCAUGACUUUCACUCCCAAGGCACUACCCAUUGGCUUCAACAGCAGUGUGAAUGCAAGUUUGUGUUUUGAAAUCAGCUCUAGGACCACAGCUACUGAGUCAGGCUCCAUAAAGAUGAUUCUGAACUUCACCGUGGAUGUGGACGUGGUGAAGCAGAGGAAAAGGCUGCAGUAUUCAGACAAGAGAAUUUGUCAGAGCUACCUUAGAGAGUGGAAUGACAGCGUGCCCUGUCUUUGUGAGCCCCUUCUGCUCAUUCCCACAGAGGGAGAGCUCUGUGAGGAUGACCACUUCUCCAACAUCAGUGUCAACGUCAGCUACCAACUCCAGACCUUGGAGGGCCAGAGGGACCAUCCCCACCCUAUUUUGGACUUCUACACUGAACCCUUCACCAUCUUCCAGCUGCCCUAUGAGAAGGCCUGCAAGAAUAAAUUUUUUUGUGUUGCUGAGUUUCAGAUGGUCACCACUAUCUCUCAACAGGAAUUGGUGGUGGGUCUCACAAAGGAGCUGACUAUGAACAUUAACCUAACUAACUCUGGGGAAGAUUCCUACAUGACGAGCAUGGAUUUGAGUUACCCCAGAAACCUACAGUUUAAGAGGAUACACAAGCCUCCUUCUCCAGACAUUCAGUGUGAUGAUCCUAAGCCAAAUGCUUCUGUGCUGGUCAUGAACUGCAAGAUUGGUCACCCUAUUCUCAGGAGGUCAUCUGGAAACUUUUCAGUAGUUUGGCAGCUAGAGGAGAAUGGUUUUCCAGAGAGGACAGCUAACAUCACUGUGGCUGUCUCCAAUUUCAAUGAAAGAAGGUCUUUGGUCAGAGAGAUCAGCCUUCAAUUCAAGCAUGUCUUCAUUGCAGUUCUGCCCAAACCUUCAGUGAUGUACAUCAACACAAGCCAGGGGCUUUCUGUCUAUAAAGAAUUCCUCUUCAACAUACAUGGGGAAAAUCUCUUUGGAGCUGAAUUCAAGCUGCACAUUUGCAUUCCAAUCACAUUACAAGGUCACCAGUUCAUAAGAGUGAGAAACCUUACAAAAAUUCAGGCCCACACUGUGUGCAAGCAGGGUCAGGAGGAAGUCUGUGGGAGCGAUCGUGCCCAGCAUGUGGAAAAAUGGCAUUCCGUGAACUGUACCAUCACUUCAAACAGAGAAGACAUAACGGUGGCUGCAGAGCUGACCUUGAAUCCAUCUCGGCAGUUACUGAGAGAUGUAUCUGAACUGCAGAUCCUUGGUGAAAUAUCUUUCAACAAAUCUCUAUAUGAGGGGCUGAAUGCAGAGAAUCACAGAACUAAGAUCACUGUCAUCUUCCUGAAAGAGAAGUAUUAUUUACCUGUCAUCAUUGGAAGUGUUCUUGGUGGCCUUUUGGCUUUGAUUAUGAUCACAGUCAUCCUAUUCGAGCAACUGUGGUGGCAGCAGAUGAGUACAGACCCCUCUGCAGCAGACACUGUAGCCUCUGGUGGUGGUGGCAGCUUCCUGCAACUCCUGACUUCUGGGUGAUACCAACUCCUCUAUUUUUAUUUUCAAGCCAUCCUGACAAAUUUGAAAUAUAACUCUCUUUA